UAAAUGCACUUCCGUGUGAUAGUGAUGUUGUGGCAAAGUAGUACUACUGUUAGAAAGCCAAAAACCCAUACAACACCUACUUUGGCUAGUGUAGCGUUGGUAUUCCGCACGACAAACCCAUCCAGUAGUGCGCCUCGUUGUCACUUUGUCAUCUCUCUCUCUCUCUCUCUCUCUCUCUAUCUCAAGUCAACAACAUUGGUCUCUCCAGAUAGUUAAGUUCUGUACUCUUGCUCGCGCGCCUGCGUCCGAGAAACUUCCACGACAAAAAAAUGGCGACGGCGGAGAAACCGGUCAUGGUGGUCGGAAUCGACGACAGCGAGCACAGCAUCUACGCACUGGAGUGGGCACUCACUCAUUUCUUCACUCCUUUGGCUCCAAAUUUCCCCUUCAAUGUCGUCGUCCUUCACGCCAAACCUUCUGCUACUUCUGCAAUCGGACUUGCUGGCCCAGGGGCUGCCGAUGUCCUUCCGUACGUUGAAGCUGAUCUUAAGAAGAUUGCUUCCAGGGCUUUAGGAAAAGCUAAGGAGAUCUGUCUCAGUAAGUCGGUGAAUGAGGUGAUUUUGGAAGCUGUGGAAGGCGAUCCUAGGAAUGUUCUCUGUGAAGCUGUAGAGAAACACCAUGCCUCCAUGUUGGUUGUGGGUAAUCAUGGUUAUGGAGCUAUAAAAAGGGCUGUUUUGGGGAGCGUAAGCGACUAUUGUGCUCAUCAUGCUCACUGCACUGUGAUGAUUGUAAAGAAGCCUAAGAUCAAACACUGAUAUGCUCCUGAUUAGCUCUGAUUAAGUGCCAAAAAAGCAUAAUGGUUCCACGACAACUACAUGUUACUCUAUUAAUUGUAUUUGAUUUAGUGCUUUGUAUUGUUGGAAUGCUGUAUAAAACUGUCCAGUUGUAUUUGCAAAUUUGAGCAGCUAAAAGCUCAACAUUUAGCUUCUAUGUUGGAUUUCUGCUACCUUGUGUGAGGUAUGCAUGUAUGUUUAACAUCGCAUCUCGGUUAUUUUGCACAAUGUUUACCAAUUUAUUGGCUUUUAUAAUAUGGCUUUUCCAA